AUGACGGUGCCAGCUUUGAGGGUCGUUGUUGACGGCGAUAGCAAUAGGGUAUAUCGAAGGGGAGACAAGGUUACUGGAAAGAUCUCCCUGGCAAUAGAAGAGGAGGCAGAAAUUGAGUCGCUGAAAGUUAUCUUUGCUGGCAGUUGUGUCACCAAAACAUCCAGGCCUUUACAUGUGAAUACCAAAACCGAUCCUCCUGCGCAAAGACACGACUAUGAAGAGAAGAUCCGACUGUUCAACCGCGAGAAAGAGCUAGUUUCCUGUCGCACUCUUGGGCCGAGGAAGUACUCAUGGGACUUUGAGUUUGUCUUUCCAGAGUCUACUGAACCACACUACAAACGGAUGGCACAUGGCUCUAACUAUCUUCGAGAGCCACACCCACUUCCGCCCUCAUUCCACCUCAAGACCAGUGUUCCAGGUGGCGCAGCCCAGAUAUCAUAUUUUGUCCAAGCCAGACUUAUCAUCAGUGGCUCGAUGGAUACCAAGAGGUGCAAGUAUACACUGCGAUACCAUCCAAGAUCAGAAGUCGACGUGCCACAACGAGCGAAAGCUACAUCUUCUGUACUCUAUACUCAAGCAUGGAAGCCACACAAAGAGAAAGAAGAAUCGCGGGUUAAGAAAGUGUUCUCCGGUGUUUCUAUGAAUUCGACACCUCGGAUCAUUCCCACAUUGUUUCAUCCCGAGAAGGUUGCUCCUGGACAGCACAUGCCGUUAUCGCUCAGCCUACUGAACGCACGAGAUCCUGCCAAUCAUGCUGAACGGGAAUGCAUCAUCGACUCCUUGACGGUCACCAUCUCGACGUACUCUACAACGAUGUGCGGCCACACAAUAAUGGAUCCCGAGGACGUUGUAUCGAAGCACAUCACCUGCAUAUCGCGAACCAGCAUGAACAGACCGAUCCCAUUCAACAAAACGACAAACCUGACGUCCAACUUUCGUCUCAUCGAUGACACAGAGUGUGUUCCGACCUUCAAAACAUAUUCGAUCACCCGACGGUACGUACUUGGUAUAUCCAUCGGUAUCAAAUACAAUGAUCAACACUUCACCAUCCGUUCAAACACGGCACUGGAGAUUCUACCUCGCGUACCCCGCGAUCGCUCGCUAUCAUCGCAACUAGAAGACGGCGAAGACUUUGAGCCACUUCCGCAGUACACACCAAGAGAGCCAUCGCGAGAAUUUGCUCCGGAUUACGAAUCUUUAUACGCACUGUCACCGGUUGGGUCAAGAAGCUCAAGCCUGUUUUCUGGAGGGUCAACACCAAGUUCUGCGGCGUCAACACCCCAGACUGAAAUUGAGCAGCCAACUUACGAAAGAGUUGAAGUGUAG